AUGGCCGUCGCCUCGCCUCAAACGGAGACAUUCUCCGUCUUUCUGCAGGGAUACCUUUCACGCCCUGAUCACUUCUUCGAAGUAGUCUCGCCCGGCAGCAAUUCGCAACCACCCAACCUGAUCCGAAAACGAUUCAUCUUCAAACAGGCCUCUUUUAGCGGAUUCACGACCGAUCUCGAUCCGAGUUUGAACCCCAUGCAUGGACAGAUUGGUCUCUAUGUCUCAGGCUUGACGGACCCAGAGGUCCAAAAACUAGACGACUUUACACGGAAUGUAGUCAUGUCGACAUGCAUGAAAAUGCAAGGCAAGGUGUCACUCAUGUGCAACCACGGAACGGUCUGUAUGAGGGAGGUUACUCUUUGGUUAGGGAUCCCGAGGAAUCAAGUGACACAAACCUCGAACGAUAUUCAGAAUCAACAAUUUGCUGGUCACGGAAGUGGACCUAGGGCCGGAAAUUCCAGCAACAUAGCGAACCAAGCAGCUCAACCCUGGGAUGGAUUCCAAAACCAGAUCGACAACGGGAAUGGAUCCUCAUCAUCCUUCGGCAACGUUCCAAAUAGUACCGUUGGAAACAACAGCCAAAACCUGAGCCAAGAUCUCAACGGCGCUGCACGGGCUGCUUGA